AUACGAAAUAUGGAAAGAACUUUUCAAAGAUUCCUUGUCGCUCGUGGGAAUACGAUCAUUCACAAUAUAAAAACAGUGUCAUUGAAAAGUGGAAUUUAGUUUGCGAAAGUUCUUGGUUGAGUUCUCUAGCUGGCUCUUCUUACUUCGUAGGAUUUCUCGUGUCUGCUAUUAUAUCUGGUCAGAUAUCCGAUAGGUAUGAAAACCUGCCAUUUUUAUUUUAUUGAAAUGUUAUACUGUAAUUUUAUAACAGCAUAUUAAUUAUAUCGAUAUUUACGUAGAUAUGGCAGAAGACCGGUGAUAAUAUGGAGUCUCGUGCUUCAUAUAACCUUUGGAAUUCUUUGUUCAUUUUCUCCAUACUACUGGAUGUUUACUGUAUCUCGUUUCUUCUUGUCUGCAGGAAUCACAGCAUGUAAUCUGACGUUCUAUGUAUAUGUUAUGGAAGUGGUCGGACCAACCUACAGAGAAAAGGUAAUAGUAAUUCAGUCUUUUCUUUAUACCACGGGGACGCUUCUACUUACCGGAGUAUCUUGGUUCCUCAAAGAUUGGACUUAUAUUCAAUUAUGCGGCAUUUUGCCAUCUAUUAUAAUACUCCUGCUCAUCAGUUAUAUACCGGAGUCUCCGAGAUGGCUGCUGACUCACGGUCGACUACGUAAAGCCGAAGACGUUAUACGAAACAUAAUGGAAAAGAAUAAAAGACACGCCGACGAGUUAUCCGAAGUUAUUGAAGAACUUUAUUGGAAAAUUAGAACGAAUGAAAAUAAGAGGAAAAUGAACUUUUUGCACUUGAUCAGGAAUAAAGAUUUACGCAAGAUUACUUUCUUCAUGUACAUCUUAUGGUUAGUAAUGAUAUUUGACCUCUAUGCAUUAUCAUUGAAUGCAGAUAUCACAGGAGGAAACGUUUUUCUGUUUUUCCUCAUAUAUUCCUCGUUACAAUAUUGUGUUUCUGGUGUGUUGAACAUUAUUUUACCUCGCUUUGAAAGAAGACGUAUUUUGAUGUUUGCAUAUCUUUCAGUGGGCAUCACUUCGUUGCUGAUAACAGCUGUUCCAGACGAUCUUAUAUGGCUGAGGGUUGCCUUCGUAGUGUUAAGCAGAUGCUUCACGACUAUUGCAAUAAGUACAAUAUAUGGAUAUACUUUAGAAUUGUACCCGACUGUAGUUCGUAACGUGGGUAUCGGAUCGUGUUCUACAUUUGCCAGAAUCGGAGCGAUCGCUGCACCUUUUAUGAAAGAUCUUAGUGAAAAGGUGUACUGGAGCGUUCCCUUUAUUAUAGUAGGUGUAUUGACUCUUUCGUCUGGUUUGUGCAUUUUGCCUUUACCCGAGACCAAAAAUAUUCGUUUGCAUGAUAUUAUUGUCAAUAACACAGCAGAAAAUGAAGAGGAAUAAAAAAAACAUGGAAAAGAAGAAUGAAAUUAAUUACUACUUCAAAAUGAGGAAAUCACUUAAUGUUAAAAACAUAAUUAUUAUAUAUUUUUAAUUAUAAUUGCACGGAAAAGUCUUUCUUUUACAUGGAAAAGUUUUUUAUUUAUGGCGAGAAGAAAUAAAUUAGUGUUAUUUAAUGAAUAUAUAUUUUAGUGGCCAGUAGGUUUGCCAGGUAGGACUUUUUAUAUAAAACAAGAUUUAAAUGUUGUGACGUAGAUUUAUUUUAAAAUAUAUUUCAAAUAUGGUAUUGUAUUGUAUGUUACAA